AGACAUUCACCUGCCCCAACGCCCUAACCAGCCCGCCUCCCCUCUCCAGCCCGCCUCCCCAGACUCCCAGCUCCAACCCCGACGCAGUACCCUAGCCAUGGUUGUGGACCACCUGCGACGACUGCUAGAUCGAAGACAAAGCUCACCCAACGCCACCAUCGACUCGCCAAAGAACCGCCACUACUCCGCCGCCAAGGUAUCGCCGUCGUCAACAACAUCCGCAUGCGAUGGAGUUCCAGAUCUGAAGAAAGGAGAAGAAGCAGAAUUCGAUGCCAGAGUCAGCGGAGGUUUCAAAGGCCGCCGCCGAUAUCUGGCUAUAGUCGCCGGAUCUGUCGUCUUCAACGAAGUGAGGAGUGACGGAUGUCCCCUGCUAGCCACGAACAAACUUGUAGAUUUGGAGAAUUCUGGAUGUUGGCUAGGGUUGGCAGAGGAAAAGUAACGGGCUGGGGAAGUAUUGGGCUGGGAUAAGUCAUAUUUUUGUCCUUGUAAAAAUUAGUGAUAUUUUUUUCAAUUGAAACUCUAGUAGUCAUAUUUGGA